CCCCGCCCUAGCCCCAGCCCCCACCUAAUUAAAAACUGAUCGAGAGAAUCAGUCGACCUGAGCUGAGCUGAACUCCCCAUUGAUUCCAUUUUGAGGAGACUCAGAGGAGGUAUAGAGUACUUACGUACAUUAAAAGUACGUACGUGCUUAAAUUGCAGGAGAGUUGAGAGACCAGAAGAGACCAGACUAGUUGAUCUGAUCAAUCGGGGAGGACUACAACGACAUGGAUUCAAGGAAGUCUAACAAAAUCAGCGACAUCGUUAGGCUUCAGCGGAUGCUCAAGAAGUGGAAGAAGCUCGCUAAGAAUGGUAGUGGAGGCGGUACCAGCACUGCUCCAGCUGCUUCUUUGAGCGGGUUUUCCUCUGCCACAGCUUCUGCAAUUAGCACGAGCAACGGUGGCAGCAGCAAGAGCAUCAAGUUCCUCAAGCGAACCCUCUCCUUCACGGACGUCGUCUCGGGCUCCUCGGCUUCUUCUUCUUCUUCAAGUGAUGCUGUUGUCCCAAAGGGCUUCCUGGCGGUCUGUGUAGGGAAAGAGCUGAAGAGGUUCGUCAUCCCUAUGGAGUAUCUGAGGCAUCAGGCGUUCGGGAUACUCCUACAGGAGGCUGAGGAAGAGUUUGGGUUCCAGCAGGAGGGAGUCCUUAAGAUUCCAUGCCAAGUGACCGUGUUCGAGAAGAUCUUGAAGGCGGUGGAGGAGAAGAGUGAUGUCUUCUUUGGGCACGACUACACAACGGACGAGGAUACUGUCGGUUAUUGCUCAUCAUCUGACUGUGAGCUUCCACCAUCUCAUCAUGCUCAAAUGUGCAGAUAACUAACUAGCUAGCUAGCUACGUACUUAUUCCUCGAUCGAUGCAAUGCACCUUCACCUUGCAGCUUCCUCGGAUCCACAGCCUAUAAUAUAUAAUGCUAGUCUGCUAGUGUGUUAAUGCUGAUUAGCAACCCUCUCUCUCGAUACGUACUCUAUCACCCUACCCCACCUUCUUCUUUUUUUGUUUUUUUUUCUUUUCUAUUUUUUUUUUAUUUGCCAAGUGUAUCUAAUUGCUUCUGAGUUUCGAAAGUAUGAGAAAAUUAAUAGAGCAAGCAAGAGUAGACUUUCUAGCUAUAGCUAGUGUACGAGAUGAGAAAACCCAGCCCAGCCAGCCAGGCGCCAGCCAACCAACCAGCUCGUACUUGCAUGAGCCAAGGUGGAGAGAUCAGAGAACCUAUACCAGUGAGUAGUGACAGUCAGCAGCUGAAUGAAUAAUAAUUGAGGUGGAGAGUGGAGACAUGUACCGUAGGCACGGUUGGGUUAGCUAGUUCUUUCCCCAGGAAGAAUUUAUUUAUUAAAAAUAAAUAAAUAAAGCCAGACAGACUGUCUAUGUAGUUUGUGCGUCUUUGUUCCUCCUCCGGUUACCUUACGGUAAUGAAAAUUACUUCGCUGCCAGCAGCAGUAGCUCUGCUCACAUAUA